AUGGAUAUAGACAGUGACAGUGGUUCCAGCAACCCGGGAACUGAGCGCCCUAACUCGGCUGAAGCAAUGGCGAUUGAACCAAUGGAAGUAGACGAGUCAGUGUUCAUGACUCGUCCUGUGCCGGCUUGGGCACAACCAAAAAUGUCGUACCUCAAGGAUGGAAGUCUGCCGGAAGAUGAAGUGUCGGCAAGGCAAAUUCAGAGAAGAGCAAAGGCGUACACCAUCAUUAACGACGAGCUAUACAAGAGAAGUGUCACCAACGUGUUGCAGCGUUGCGUCGAGCCAGAAGAAGGACAAGAGAUCCUCCGGGAUAUUCACCAAGGGGACUGUGGCCAUCAUGCAUCCUCAAGAACGUUAGUGGCCAAGGCAUUUCGGCACGGGUUCUACUGGCCGAGUGCGUUACAGGAGGCGGAAGAUAUGGUCAGGAAGUGCAACGGUUGCCAGAGAUACGGCUACCCGCACAGUAUCAUCACGGACAAUGGAACAAACUUUGCAGAGGGAGCCUUUGCACGGUUCUGCGCAGAGAAGAAAAUCCAGCUUGAUGUCGCUUCAGUAGCACAUCCACAGUCAAAUGGGCAAGUUGAGAGAGCAAACGGCUAUAAGCCAUUCUUCCUCAUCUACGGGGCGAAAGCUGUCUUACCAGCCGAUAUCCAGCAUGACUCUCCGCGAGUAACCAUGUAUACAGAAGCCGGGGUAAAGGAAGUUCGAGAAAAUGAUGUCGACCUGCUCGAAGAAGCACAAGAAUUGGCUUUAUCCCGGUCAUCCAUUUAUCAAUAG